AUGACUCCGCUGGGUGUUACGGAAGACUUCAACUUGGCCAAGUCGGAAUUGCAGCGUCACAUUGCGAGACCUGGUGAUCCGCGCUCUCUUCUGCGCAGUGACACGCAUGCGGAGUGGCAAGUCAAUGAAGCAAGUGUACCUGACAGUGCCCACGCUGACCAACAUUUCAGGGGACGACAAGCAAUCUUCAACCAGCCACGAUCUCGAGCCGGACCUCUCCCGAGCGCAUCCAUCCAGGACUUCGCCAAAGAAUAUGAGGAACUCAAGGAACGCAAAGCACGAGCGCUACGGAAGUCUAGUAAGCUUUCGCCGAAUUCAUUGAAGAAUCGCGCACCGAGCUCCGACGGAGGCUUCGAAGACAAGUCUUGGACGGUCGAGCCCGCCAUUCACGGAAACGGUGGACUCGUGAAUGCUAUCCGUCAGGUGACUGAUGUCGACGGCCUCGAGUCGGGCAUCACCUGGAUUGGUACCCUCGGCAUGCCUACGGAUGCUCUUUCAGACUCGAUUAAAGAAGGAAUUCACGACACGCUACUGAACGAGUACCAAUCCGAGGUCGUCUAUUGCACCGACAAAGACAUCGAUGGUCACUACUCGCACUAUUGCAAGACGAUUCUGUGGCCGAUCUUUCAUUACCAAGUUCCCGACCACCCCAAGAGCAAGGCAUAUGCGGACCACAGUUGGGAAUUCUACCGCAAUGUCAAUCAAGCUUUCGCAGAUCAAGCCAUCUCGAGCUACAAGAAAGGUGACACGAUCUGGGUCCACGACUACCACCUUCUGCUCGUACCGGGUAUGAUUCGAGAAAAGCUACCAGAGGCCAAGAUCGGCUUCUUCCUUCACACAGCAUUCCCUUCAUCGGAAGUGUUUCGCUGCCUUUCCACGCGAAAAGAGCUACUGGAGGGCAUGCUCGGUGCCAAUUUGAUUGGCUUUCAGUGCGACGAAUACUCCUCGCACUUCCUUCAGACCUGCAGCCGACUCUUGGCCGUCGAGACGACCGCAGAAGGAGUCCAGCUCGAAGAUCACUUCGUGAACGUCACCAGUGAACCCAUCGGCAUCAACCCGCCAUUGUUCGAGGACGUUCGGCAGACCGACGAAGUCAAGGAAAUGAUCGGACUCUACUCGCAAAAGUACAAGGACAAGCUUGUCAUCGUUGGCAGAGACAAACUCGAUCACGUCCAUGGUGUACGGCAAAAGCUACUGGCGUACGAGCUCUUCCUCAAUCGCAACCCGGAAUACAGGGAAAAGGUCUGCAUGAUACAGGUCGCGACCUCGGCCAGUGAACAAGCAGAGCUCUUGAGCACCGUAUCCGAUAUCUGCACACGAAUCGACUCGGUUCACGCCACGCUGAACCAUCAGCCGCUGCUCUUCCUCGCCCAAGAUCUCCCGUUCGCGCAAUAUCUUGCCAUGCUCUCUAUUGCAGACCUGCUGAUGAUCUCGGCCCUGCGUGAUGGGAUGAAUCUGACCGCACACGAGUACAUUCACUGUCAAGAUGGCAAAUACGGUGGCAAGCAGCACGGUCCUCUUGUCCUGUCCGAGUUUACCGGCAGUGCUGUUGUCUUCGAGGACAAGCACAUCUCUAUCAACCCAUGGGACUUUUCCGGAAUUGCCGAUGCAAUCAAGCAAGGUCUUGACAUGAGCGCCGAAGAGAAAGCUGUCCGGUGGACGCGCCUCCAAGAGAUUGUCUCCACCCGCACUGGUGGGUCGUGGGCAACCAAAAUUGGCGAGCGUCUCGACAAGGCGUACGAUGAGCAUCACCAGCGUGCAUCGGCCGCCGUCCCACGUCUCAACAUCUCGCAGCUUGCGGACAAGUACAAGGAUGCGCAAAAUCGACUCUUCAUCAUCGACUUUGAGGGCACCCUCGCACCUCAUCGCACCGCUACUGGAAUCCCUCUUGGAUCGCCAGCGCGUGUGGUCGAAGCGCUGAACGAUCUGAUGGCCGAUCCUCGAAACAUCUUCUACAUCAUGUCCGGACGCACUCCCGACGAGCUCGAGAACCACUUUCGCACACUUCCCAAGGUCGGUCUCAUCGCUGAGAAUGGCUGUUUUGUGCGUGAGUUCGGCGUGCAGAACAACAAGUGGACUCCGUUCGUCGACAUGAAAGAGGUUAACAACUGGAAGGCUGAAGUUCGUGGAAUCCUCGAGUACUACAAGGAGCGUCUGGAGGGUAGUUACAUCGAGGAGCGGAAUUGCAGCCUUCUUUUUCGAUACGAGAAGUCCAAGGACCAAGAGGCUGCGAUGCGACAAGCCGGUGAGAGCGCCGAUCAGAUCAACGGAUCCUGCAAGGACUCCAUGCACAUUCACGCCGUUCCGAUCAAAGGUGCCGUGUUGAUUGAGCAGGAAGACUUCAGCAAGGGCACCGCGGCCAAGCACGUCUACGAAGCGCUUUGCCAGAACUCCAAAGGACUCUCUGCUCCGGACUUCAUGAUGAUCGCUGGCGACGACCGCGAAGACGAAGUCAUCUAUCAAUGGGCGAACGAGCUCGGCAAGGAAGAAAAGGUGAAGGACGUCUUCACCGUCACGGUCGGAAAGCGCAACACUCUCGCACAGGCCACGCUGACGCAAGGUUCCACGGGCCUCUUGACUGUGCUGCAGAAGUUGGCGAGAAUCUCGGCGGAUCAGCUGCCGAAGGACUACUUCAACCUGCCUCGCAGCAGCACCUUUCCGUCGUAG